GAUAUUCUCUCGUGAAAGGAGUCCAGACAUGGCUUCUUUGCUUUGUCCAACUCCGAGUGCUCUUCAACAUAAUCCUAGGAGUUUCUGCUUCUCUCCUUUGAAGCUGACUUCUCCAACAAAUCUCUGUAUCUUCACGAACCGUUUCAAAUAUAACCGGCUAAGGUGUAAUGUAUUCAUUGAAAACGUCCAAGAAGAUUUCUUGGAGAAUGCUCUUCACCUGGAUCAGUUUCCCGUUUUACAAUAUGGGUUUUGGCAAUUUCAGAGAGUUUCCGGGGAACUUUCCGAGAUGCAAAAGUGGGGGUUCCUGGUAUUUGCUGGGCUGACUUGGAUUUAUUUAACUUCAAGGCCUGGUAUUCUCCUCGGUGCCAUUGAUACAUACCUUCUGGCUCCUCUGCAACUGGGUUUGGACAGUUUGAGUGGAAAGAGGAACUUGAACACUUCGGAUUUUGUGAUAGGUCAAAAACUUGGAGAAGGGAACUUUGGUAUUGUUUAUUCUGGUGCCAUUGUUCCCAAGAAUGUGGCUGCAGAAAACAAGGUACAGAAUAGACGAAGAAGAAAUGCGACGGAAUUGGAUGAGAGGGUGAAGGAGAAAGUCAUUCUAAAAAAGGUGAAGACUGGAAUCCAAGGGGGUAAAGAAUGCGGUGACUUUGAGGAGUGGUUCAACUACAGACUGUCUAGAGCGGCCCCUGAAUCAUGCGCUGAGUUCCUUGGAAGUUUUGUUGCCAACGAAACAAAUUCUCAAUUCACAAAGGGAGGAAAAUGGCUUGUUUGGAAAUUCGAGGGUGAUCGCAAUCUUGCUGAUUACAUGAAAGAUCGCAACUUCCCUUUAAACUUAGAAUCUGUCAUGUUUGGGCGGGUCUUGCAAGGAGUGGACUCUGUUAAACGAGAUGCUUUGAUCAUCAAGCAAAUAAUGCGCCAAAUCAUUACCUCACUGAAGAAAAUACAUAACACAGGCAUCGUUCAUCGUGAUAUAAAGCCUGCCAACUUGGUGGUGACGAAACGGGGACAGAUCAAGCUCAUAGAUUUCGGGGCAGCCACAGAUCUUCGGAUUGGCAAGAACUACGUACCCAAACUUAGCCUGCUUGAUCCUGAUUAUUGCCCCCCUGAACUAUACGUACUCCCGGAGGAAACACCAAGUCCUCCUCCGGAGCCCAUUGCAGCGUUCCUUUCUCCAAUCCUCUGGCAGCUAAACAGUCCUGAUCUCUUUGAUAUGUAUUCCGCUGGGAUUGUACUCAUGCAAAUGGCAAUACCAACCUUAAGAUCUACAUCAAGCUUAAAGAAUUUCAAUUCAGAACUAAAAACAGUUGGGUAUGACUUAAAUAAAUGGAGGGAAUACACGCGGUUGAGGCCUGACUUUACAAUUCUUGAUCUCGACUUGGGUAGAGGGUGGGAUCUGGCCACAAAGCUUAUAUCACAGAGAGGUUUUCUCAGAAGGGGACGUAUCUCUGCUGCUGCUGCUCUGACGCAUCCUUAUUUUCUGCUGGGUGGUGACCAGGCAGUUGCUGUUCUUUCAAAGUUUAGCUUAAAUAGGAAAUGAAUUGCUUGGUGAUGGAGGUGUUGUAUUCUCUUUGAUGCAGUGGCAGAAGUUGAAGCCACACUGUCGAUGGCUAAUUAUUACUGCAUUUUUGGCAUAAGGUGACUGGAGUACAUGCAAACAUACUUGGAUAUUUGAUGCAAUCACGACUAAAAUAGUAAUUCAGAGUUUUGUUUGGCAACUUUUUACAACAUAUCAGAGAAGGUUUAACUUUUCUCUCCUUUUUCAGUUAUUCCGAAGAUUAAAAAUUCCAUUCCCAUUUGGCAAAAUAUAAUUGUUGCACUUUAUAUACUUUAUUAGCACCAUUAGUGCGAUGGAUAACUUAACUGAAGGAGAAUUUGAGAUGUGUGCUCGUGCCACAACCAAAUGAUCUGUGAUCAGAACCAACAAUCAGAUUAAUACAAGUAUCAUAUUUGUAUCUUUAAUUGUAUCUUUUUCCUGUAACAUACAUGCAGUAGCAGAAGGUGCCCCAGCUCUUCAUUUGAUCAUGAUAUUUCUUUCCUUUCUUCGUACAACAUUAACAGAUGUUAUUAUUAUUAUUAUUAUUAUUAUUAUUUAAUUUCAAUCCUGAAAUGGGCUCCUGUCGAUGCCCCGUUCUUUUGUCA